GCGACGCGCGGCGGCCUCAGUCCGACCCGACGCUGCUCGCAGACGCACGCGAGCUAACGCGCUACUAGUGAAGUGAGCCGCCGCUGCAAGCUAUUCUUCAGCAGUCUGUACGGGGUAUUACAUCAUGGAGUUAUAUUUACUCGAAUGUGAUUAAAUGAGCACCCACCCAUCAUGGAGGGUUUCCUUCAUCACAUGGCACCGCAGUUCCUUCAUCCAGCGCUUCAGAGUUUCGGAUGCGGUGCUUUUCGCCCGAUAGGGGGCGCAUUCCACCCCCUGUACCCGGGGAAGGCUUUCGCACGGCACCUUGGAGAGCAAUAUGCUCUCGGACAGACAGUUGGCCAGGCGCUCAGGAGUGUCCGCGAUGAGAGCAACACCCCGCCGCUGUAUCGACACGGGUACGCGGCGCGGGAUGAUACCAGCUCGCCAGGGUCGGCCGCCUCAGCCUCGCCGCGACCCUGCAAGGACGACGAACCGCCAGCCGCGCCCACGUGCACCGACUCACACGACUUCUUUUCUUCGGACGGGGAACGCAAGUCGUCGUGCGGCGUAUGCGGCGCUCGGUUGGGCCCCGGCGUGGCCCAGGCACACUUUCUUCAGGAGCUGCAGCACCUGUACAGCUUGAGCGCGUUACCGCGGGACACCGCGCCGCCAUCGCACUCCCUGCACCAUCAGGACGAAGAUGCGCGAUGGGAGACGUACCAGCGCAUCCGAGCCAAUCGGCAGCGGCGGCUGAAGCUGCGUACCAGGAAGCGCCACCACACCGUCGAGAGCAUGUUGGGUUACGACCUGGAGGAGGAGCGGCGCGAGGAGCGGCCGCGCGAAUCCAGGACCUACGACGCGGAGGACGAACCCGUGGACGUCGAGGGAGACUCGCUCGGAUGGCCCGAGGCGGCUAUUAACGUUGAUGAAAAAGAUCAUCGCUCCGACGGCGAGAAGCUGCACCUGGGCUACGCCGAAGACUUGGAGAUUUCGAGCACAAACGACGCCAUGCAAUCGCCAGAACGCGUGAGAAUUGAGACGCCAAAGCCGUUGUCGCUGGAGUGCACAACGAAGACUUCCGAGAGCCUGGAGCGGCCGGCCGAGGUGUCGACCUCGGAGCCGUGGCCGAGCACCGCCGCGCCGCCCACUGACGCCUGGCCGACCCUCGCCGCCGAGGCCUACAUGCAGGCCGCUCGCCACAAGCCCGAUGGGGAAAACUUACCCUCCUCCACUGAUUCCCGUAACUAAAUUCAAGCAAACUGCACAUUUGCAUCCUCGUAUGGCUAUAGUAUAUUUAGGGCUUACAAUUUUGCGUAUUUGAAAACGAGUUCGUGAAAGCAAACUUUGUUUACAUAGUAAGUCUAGGUUUUAACGCACUAGACAUAUUUAUGUGAUACAAAAUUGAGGUCCUGACUACCUACUAUUGCUGAUAGAGGAACACAUUUUUCUCUAUUUCUAUGUUAGCGAGGUGUAUCCUGUCUUUAUGUGAAGUAGUAUUGUUUAAUAUAUAUAUUUCAAUAGCUUUGAAUCUGACACCUUAAAUAAUGUUAACAUCAAUUAUCUAGGGGCUGGCCGUUUGGAAAUAAAAUCGUUUGGAAAUCAUAAAUAUUUACGGAAAUAAAUAAUUUGUGACUGAUCUGUCUCAAAAGGACUGUGAUCGUAAAUAUCAAAUAUGUCAGCAAUAGAUUAGGCUGGCAAUGUAACAUUACAUUAUAUUCAUUCGUGUAUAGUUGUCGAUUUUAACUAAAUAAUGUAUCUGUGUACAUAAAGUAUCGUUAUACUUUAAACCUUAGCUGAAUAAUUAUAAUAUGUCAGUGG